AGAUCCAGCCAUCUCACUGCAUAUUUGAGCUUAGCCAUGCACACUUGAACUAGCUAUAGCUAGUCAAGAUCGAACCUUGGCCAUUUGUAAGUAGUGUAACAACUUGAUGAGCUGAGCCGGCGCUGACAAGUGAGUGACAAUAAUGUCGAGGGAUCCGCUGAUCGUGGGGAACAUCGUGGGCGACAUGGUGGACUACUUCGACGCGUCGGGGCGGCUGAGGGUGCUGUACGGCAACCGCGAGAUCACCAACGGGUCCGAGCUCAGGCCGUCGCAGGUGGUGAACCAGCCGACGGUCCAGAUCACCGGACUCUCCGGGUCAUUCUACACGCUCGUGAUGGUGGACCCUGAUGCACCUAGCCCAAGCGACCCUUCCGAAAGGGAGUACCUCCAUUGGUUGGUCACAGACAUACCAGACGGAGGUGACAUCAGUCGUGGGAAUGAGGUGGUGGCGUACGAGAGCCCGCGUCCGACGGCGGGGAUCCACCGUUUCGUGUUCGUGGCGUUCCGGCAGACGGUGCGGCAGGCCAUCUACGCGCCCGGGUGGCGCGCCAACUUCAACACCAGGGACUUCGCCGCCUGCUACAGCCUCGGCGCCCCCACCGCUGCCGCCUACUUCUACUGCCAGAGGGAGGGAAGCUGCGGUGGCCGCCGCUACCGCUGAAAAAUGCCAGCCACAUAUCACUAGCAGGUAUACGAUCCAUCUCUGCCGUCCGAAUACGUGUGACAACACGUACGGCAAAUGAAUGUAUGAUGUGUGGGUCUCGGCCGGGCGUGAAUGCCCGGAUACGUACGGUGUGUACUUUGGUGUUUCAAAGAUACGUAUACUUUCUCCGUCCAACAAAAAAAUCUCAAGUUUGUUAAAUUUUGAAUGUAUCUAAACAUGACUGAGUGUAUAGAUUUAUUCAAAUUUGAUCAAAAUUGAGACAUUCUUCGUCUUUGUUGGACAGAUAGAGUAGCUAGCUUCUCUGUUGGCUGGUAGCACUGUAAUAGUGUAAUUAAUAAACGCACGGUCGCAUCCGCCCGAAAAAAAAAAAGAAUAACUUUCAAAAUUGGAAAUGUGCGUGCAUGCUCCAUCUUUACUGCUACUUAAUUUCGAGUUUGUUACUUGCGUUGGUCCGUCUCCUUCGGCCAGCAGCAACCACGACCCCCACGCGUGCUUACUCAAAUCAAAACAUCCAAUCGACGCCAGAAUUUACUCCCGCACUCGACCUUCCAAUUAUCUCCACUGCCGCGAUUAUCUUCAGUCACCAGAUUACCUGCCUUCUUCCUCUGCUCUCCAGACCGCGGUGGCAAAUUUGCAAUUUUCGUGCGCCACCGUUCUCCCCUCACCGCACGCAAAUCUUUCAAUCCUAUCCCUAGCGGCGAACGACGAUGACGGCUGCCGCUGCCUGCUGGCCACAGCCGAGGCCGCGCUCGGCAGGGGCUGGACCGGGCCGCUGGACAUAGACGGCGUCUCUCGCGCAGAUGCCUUCGGCCGCUCCUCCUUUCCUCACACAAAGCAGCGGCGGACGACGACGACAAUGGCCACCGCCGCCGCCUCCCACCUCCGUCGCACCCGCGGCGCCGAGUGCCUCGUCGGCGACCACCCGGCACCGUCCUCUUCACCGCCUGCAAACCCCAGACUGUAGCCACCGUGGACACAAUCAACACCACACCGAGGAGAUUACAAGGUGAGCUCUAAAAAACACGGCUUCAUCUUUCUACACCAUGUUCUUCUGUUGCUCACUGCUCUUGAUGCCCCAUAAGCCCAUCAUGUGCAAGGUGCUUUCUAAACUCAAGGCUGCUUCUAAGGCAAGGAGUAGCACACUACUGGCUGCCUCUUCAUAUAUUAUCAAAUUCUCUCUCAAAAAGAUUUUUGAUAUGUUAUGUUAAUUUGCCUUGUUUAGCAGACUUAAGAAGAGGCGAGGAAAUUUCUGUUCAAAAUGGUGUUGUUAGAAGUUGAAUAUGGAGGAUUACAUAUUAUUGAGGAGUCUCAAAUCCUGCUCUGAUAUAGCUCAGGUUAGAAAAUAUCAUACUUCACGUAGUGUAACAACUGGCCUGGGAAGUGUGCAGUAUUUGUAUAUUAUGGUACAUGUAGUGGUUCUCAGGUAAUUUAUAUAUGCAACACCUCCAAUGUCAAUUGUCUGCACUAAAUCGUUGUUGCAUGCAAAUAUGGUUAUGGCUAUGGAUCAGGUAAUGACACAAUCAGUAAGUGCUACUCAUGGUGGUGGUUUCUGUUUUGCUCAUGCUGUUUAAGCAAAAUCAAAGUUAUUUCGUGAUACAAAAUAUCCUUCUACGGAAUUAGCUUCUGGAUAUGUUAUUUUAAUGUAGAUGCAGUAAAUAUCGUGUACAUGUAUUAGAAGUAGAACAUCAUAGAGGAAUGCUGGCAGCAGGUUACAGGUUUGGUGUGGCUUAUUCUUUUUAGAAUAAGAUUUUAAUGCAUCUCUUGUUUCGAGUUGAAUGCCUUGGGAAUAUCAAUGGUUCCUAGAUGCCCCCAUUUUAUUUUUGCAUCAUGCGAACAUCUUUGGAACAUAUAUAAUUUAGCUUCUAGAGUAUGUUUUCUGCUAUUUUGAGUUUUUGUUGUUGGAAUUGAGGAAAAACAACAGUUGGUUGAUAUUCAUCACAAUUUUCAUUUUGAAUUCCUGCUUUUAAAGUUCCUUUUUUACUAGCCAUAGCAGUUCAACUGUUUAAGAUCCUUUUUACUGGACAUAGCAGCUCAAGAUCCUUUUUACUGGACAUAGCAGAUCUGGUAGAUCUAAAAAUAAUCACCAUCUGUUUGUAGGUUAAAGCUUUAUGGCUGGCUUGGUCCUACAAUUGAAAAGAUUAGCCACGGCAGCAAGGGAGUACAUGUUUGUUCUUUUGCUUGAUUGGUCAGGUAGAUUGUCCUAUUGUUGCACAAAAGAAUUUCCCCAUUUGUCCUAAUAUACAGUUAGUGUGGUGUUGAACUCAUAUCUAAAGAAAUUUUAGUUGAGCAUGUUAGUGUUCACUGCACGAAUACUCAUUUUGGUGUGUUGAUCAUGUCACUUCGGAACCACCUGUCUUUUUGGUGAUAUUAAUUAGAUGCCACUGAGUUUGAA